GAUGCCCUUAUAUACCCUUCGACCUACCUCUUGCCUCCUCUUGGACUCCAGCAUCAUCACCUCCUCAUUCCUCAUUGUAAUCAGCCUUUGCUAUUCUUGGGACCUCGUUCUUGAUGCAGUUGUUAUUGCUGUCGAUCAUCAGGCCUCUCUUGCAUUAGAGGUCAUGUCUGACCUUGGAGAAUACGAGGUGGUCGGUGGUGGAAUAUGGUUUAUUCUCCGCAGUAGUGAUCAUCUCCGCUUAUUCCUACAUUCUUAAAACAUCAAACUUUAGGAGGCUCUUUGACUCUCCUGCGCCUUCCGCAGGUGGAGUUGGGAUUACAAUCCUUCGUAUUCAGGCACUGCUGCAGGCAGAAGAGACAUAGUGUUGC